AUGGCUUCGAACAACGCUACCAGCGCCGUGCCGUCCGGCAGCGCUGCCGACGCGGCCAACACCAGGUUUCGGCACCGCAAGAUCUCGGUCAGACAGCGCUUGCAAGUCUUCAAGGCCGCAGACCUGCGAAAACUCGACAAGGAUGAGCUGCAGCAGCGCGAGCUGGUCGAGAUCGAAACCGGUGUGGACAAGAAUGAGGAGAAGGAAGAGCAUCUGCACCAGAUUUUGCAGAAAAACCAGUUGGCGCGAAAGGAGCUGUACAUCCCCACACCCGAUGCGUCGCGCACCUGGCCUGAGUACACGCAAUUUUACCAGGGCAAGUUCGUGGAGCCCCAGAGCUACAUAAGGUUUUCCGCAACGGUAGAGGACUGCUGUGGCUCGCGCUACAACAUGGACGAGAGCGACGAGCAGUUUCUGGCGUCGUCUGCGCUCUCUGCCGAGACCGGCGGUCCUGGCGGGCUCUCCGAGGACGAAUUCGAGCUUCUGUGCAGCAGUUUCGAGACCGCUAUCCACGAGCGUCAGCCGUUUCUUAGCAUUGACCCGGAGAACAUCCUGUCGCUCGAGGAAAUCAAACCUACAAUUCUCAAGCGAGACCUGGGCGAUGCUGGCAUCAAACAUCGUCUGGCUCAGGAAAUUGGCCUUCGAUCCCCGCAAACUUUCAUCACCCAGUUCGACACCGCAAGCAGCCAAAAUACGCGCCCGCUCGCCACACUUGUAGAGAAAUUUGGCGACCGAGUUUACGCUCACUGGAAAGCCCGUAAAGUUGAAUCCCACGGUGGAGAAAUUAGUCCGCAACUAAAAUUCGAAAGGCACGGUGGUGACCGUGAUGAUAACGAUCCUUACGUCUGUUUCCGCAGACGUGAAGUUCGCCAAGCUCGGAAAACCCGGAGAAUCGAUUAUCAAAAUAGUCACAAACUGCGACUGUUACAUCAACAACUUCAAUACACCAAGAAACUAGCUCUUCUAGUGGCCAAACGUGAGAAGUUGUCUCUGGACUCACUGAAUAAUGACAUUAGAAUUUUUGAGUUGAGACGCGAUAUCAAACCUGUGAAACAAUCGUUAGGAAUCAAAGGCGAGGACGAUUCUUUGCUGGUUGAUGCCAGGAGACGUAAAUUGGUCAGUAAUGUCGUUAUGCACAGCCCACAGGAAACCAACGCCAAGAAAAUUAGAACGAAACUCAAAAAAUCGCAUACGGACUCGGCUUCUUCUAAACAUCCCACCUCCAAAGGGAACAAACAAAGCCACGCUCAAAGCCAACAGGCGCAGCAACAAUUGGCUCAACAGCAACUACAACAACAACAGCUACAGCUUGCUCAGCAGCAACAACAAUUGGCUCAACAGCAAGCGCAGCAACUGGCACAGCAACAAAAGCAACAGGGCAGCUCCGUUUCCGCUCACGUUUAUGUCAAACUGCCCAGUUCUAAGAUCCCCGAUAUUUUGUUGGAGGACGUGGAUAAUAUCUUGCUUACCAAAGAGAAGAGUGCACGGAAUUAUGUUGAAGAAAGAAUGCGCAAACGGAAACUUGAGGACGGAGACACCUUUUUCAACCUAACGGAUGAUCCCUAUAAUCCAGUGUUUGAUAUUUCUGUCCCGGCUGACAUUUCUGCAACCGAUGCACCUUUUUCGUCCAUUGCUUCUUCUAAAUUUGAGGCUCAAAGAUCCUAUUAUGUUCCACGACUCGAGGACUACCUAGAUGGUAACUCCGACGACGUUGCUGUCUUUAGCAAAGACGGUGAUCGCAUCGAUAACCCAAAGUACCGCAAGAUUGAACACUAUAAUCCAUUUCAAGAACACGGUGAAGUAUACACGCGCGAACUGCCUUUCAAAAUUAGGAGACGGAUGGGUCGAUUGGGACUCGAGUUUAUCGAUAUACAGAGACCCCGCCAAAGUUUUACACCGUUGUCCGAAUUAAUAGAUCUUUCCGAAGUCGAAAGACAGGAACAGAGUAACGAAGUAAUUGACGUUUACGAUUCAAAACUUGAUGAGCUAACGCGGUUGCACGGAAGAUGGAAACACAACUCCGAGUACAACAAUUACGGUGCUAAGUUCUCUGAAGAACCAGCGCGCCUAAACCAAAUAUCAAACGAAACUCAGACCAUUCGCUUUGGCACUAUGCUGGGUACUAAAUCUUACGAGCAAUUGCGCGAUGCCACGUUCAAACAUCGGCAAGAGAUUUACAACCAACGCAGAGUGCAAAAAACGUCGGUAUCUCAAAAACUCCCAAAAAUAAAUGGGUCUUCGCCCACAUCAUCAAAUGGCAUGUCCUCGACUCCUGCGAGGACCCCUUCUACGUCCUCACUCAAGAAAAACGCAAGCGCGAAACAGCAACACCUUACCUCUGUGAACUAG